AUGAUUGCGACAUGGACUCAUGGUACUUCUACCAAACCUCCGCUUUUUCCUACCGAUCAAGCAGCAUCUGAGUUUCUUGCAAUGCUGGACGGUGGAUUCCUUUUCGCAUACUCUGUGGGUCUGUUUGGAGGUGGUAUACUGGGAGAUCGUUACAAUCCUCGUGUUGUUUUAUCGAUUGGAAUGUGGUUAUCAGCGAUUGCAGUCUUCCUUUUCGGUUAUGUGACCGAAUAUUUUCAUUUCUACUCAAAAACCCUUUACGCCUUCCUAUGGAUUUCAGGCGGUCUAUUUCAGUCAGUUGCAUGGCCAACAGAAAUUUGUAUAGUAGGCAACUGGUUUGGUCACUGUUCCCGAGGUGCUGUCAUGGGUGUAUGGUCAGCAUGCGCAAGUGUUGGAAAUAUUAUUGGCACCAUGAUCUCUUCCAAACUCGUUCUAAUGGGAUAUCAGUACGCAUUCGCUGUCAACGCCGCCCUCUUGUUCUUUUUCGGAUUCAUUGUCUACUGCAACCUUAAAUCAGCUCCAAGGGAAGUUGGUUUGCCGGAUCCUAUUGAUUCACCGGAUGAGUAUAUGCGAGUUAUUGAAGAGCCUACUCAGCGUCCUGCUCCAAUCAGUUUCUGGAGAGCCUGGUUACUUCCUGGUGUUCUAGCGUACUCAUUGGCUUACGCCUGUCUCAAACUGGUCAAUUAUGGAUUUUUCUUCUGGUUACCAUUUUACCUUCACAACAACUUCGGAUGGAGCGAAGCUGACGCUGACGCUCUGUCGGCUUGGUAUGAUGUUGGAGGAAUCAUAGCUGCGAUCCUGGCGGGAACAGCCUCGGAUCAUUUCUCAUCGAGAACUCCAAUCAUCGUCGUGAUGUUAAUUUGCUCCACAUUUGCAUUAUGGGCUUACUCAGCAUCUCCACCAUCACCAUUUGUUAACGCCCUAUUGUUAACCAUAACUGGCUUCUUCAUUGGUGGCCCAGCCAACAUGAUAUCCAGCUCAGUUGCUGCUGAUUUAGGAAGAACACGUGAACUCCGAGGUAAUGCAGAAGCUCUCUCAACUGUUACCGGAAUCGUUGAUGGCACAGGCAGUUUUGGAGCUGCACUGGGGCAACUACUGAUUCCUUCGAUUCAAGCAGUGUUUGGGUGGAAUUCUGUAUUUUAUGGAUUCAUACUUAUGAUCAUUUGUACGACGGCAUGCCUGGUUCCGCUACUGUUGCGUGAGUUUAUUUGGCAACGGAGAAGAUCGUACAAUGUAAUAAGCUCUGAUCGAGAAGAUAAUGGCGAUGAAGAGGAUGAUGUCGUAAUCGCUGAUGAAGAUGUUGUGAGACGUCGAUAUUGGCUGCAGAAGAUACCGAUGAAUAGAAAUUAA